AAAGUGGAACAUCAAACUUCCAAAAUCCAACACAGAAACUGAAUCAUAAAAUAAGAUGAAGUACAUUUGAUAUCUCUCUCCAAUCUCUAUAUUAUCUUUAAGAUUCAGUCCCCAUCACCAUACUUUCCUCACUAACAAUCUAAAUUAUCAUCUCCAUAAUCCAUAUCCGUACACCACCGUACCAAAAUUCAACAAAGAAAAAAAAAAAAACAACCUGAAUUUCCUUAAUUCUGCAAUUAGCACAAUCUUGACUACUUAAAAUUGUUAAGGUUUGGAAUUUUUUGCUAGGAUGGCUAAAUUUGUGGUUGGUAAUUAUUUGAUUGAGAAGCAAAUCGGCUCGGGUUCUUUUUCAACGGUGUGGAAAGCGUGCCACGUGGUCGAUGGUACACAAGUGGCGAUCAAGGAGAUUGUUACUGAUCGGCUUAAUAGUAAACUUAAGGAGAGUCUUAAAUCUGAAAUUGUUAUUUUACAGAGGAUUAGUCAUCCUAAUAUUAUUCGCUUGCAUGAUAUGAUUGAGGAGCCGGGAAAGAUAUAUAUUGUUUUGGAGUACUGCAAAGGAGGUGAUCUUUCAAUGUACAUACAACGACGCCAAUGGAGAAUCCCAGAAGCAACUGCAAAACAUUUCAUGCAGCAGCUAGCAUCAGGUCUAAAAAUCCUUCGCGAAAACAAUCUAAUCCAUAGGGACCUAAAACCUCAGAAUCUUCUAUUGUCUGCAACUGAUGACAACUCCACCUUGAAGAUUGCUGAUUUUGGGUUUGCAAGAUCUUUGCAGCCUUGGUUGCUUGCAGAAACUCUAUGUGGGUCGCCGUUGUACAUGGCUCCUGAAAUAAUGCUACUUCAAAAGUAUGAUGCGAAGGCAGAUCUCUGGAGUGUUGGUGCCAUUCUCUUUCAGCUUGUUACUGGCAAAACCCCAUUUACUGGAAACAAUCAAAUACAGUUGCUACAAAACAUAGUGAAGUCCACUAAAUUGCAGUUUCCUCUGGAUGCCAAGAAUUUAAGUUCUCAUUGCAUAGAUCUGUGUCGGAAAUUAUUGCGCCAUAAUCCAGUGGAGCGGUUGACAUUUGAACAGUUCUUUGACCACCCAUUUCUUGCACAGAAGCAGCCUGAUGAGUUGUCUUGGAAUCAGAGACCGCAAAGGGUAAUAGAUGGGUUUUCUCUGACAGAACCCAAUCCUCUAAGGAGCACUGAGGAAACUUUUCAGGAAGAUGGUUUACCAUUUAGUCCAGAUAAUGAUUCCAGCAGUCCUGAUGGUGGUCCUCCUUUUGCUGGGAUAUCACAGAGAUCUUCCAGUGGAUUUUCUCAUGAUGCAAAAGAUGACAGGAAAGAAGUUUCCAGUGCUCCAAACAAAAUCGGUCCUCCUUUGAAUUGCAGCAACAUCAUACAGAAAUCAGUGGCGGAUUCAUUCGAGUUGAUUGAGCAGGAAUACGUCCUUGUAUCUUGGUCUCUCAUGGACUCAUCUUCUUCAGCAGGUGCUUCUAGGCUUAGCAAUGCACCAUUUAGAUCAAGUUGUUCCCUGCAAGCCUCUCGGGACAUAGACUCCACAUUAGGAGCUUCACAAGGAUCCACUGAUAUUGUAGACCCUCUGGAGCAUCCAACUGAUGGCAUAGCCAGAGUUGAGUCUCUGCAACAUUCUGCUUCUGCUAUCACAGAGUUGGUAAAUGAGAAGAUUGCCGCAGGUAGGCAUCUGGAAGCAUUUUCAAUUGAGCUUGUCAUGCUUGCAAUAUGGAAACAAGCCUUGCAUAUUUGUAAUACGCAAGCGGCAUCCGCAAUUCAAGGAAGUCCAAACCAAAAAACUACCAAAUUGAGGGAGAUUUUAAGGGACAGUCGAGUAAGUCUCAACAUUAAAGAGGACACUUGUAGCAUUUUGCGGCUAGAGAAUGUGUUAACUCAUAUUCAAAGAGCAUUUCUGAAUGAAGUCGGGAAGGCAGAGGAACUCGCCAAACAUAUAGAGCCAGGAAAUACAGAGGUGCCAGAUGCAAUGGAGAUAAUAUUUCAAUCUGCUCUUGAUCUCGGCAGAAAGGGGGCAGUUGACGAGUACAUGAGCCGGACUGAAAAUGCAGUGGUGUUCUAUUCAAAAGCAGUGUGCUUGUUAAAGUUCCUUCAAGUGGAAGCACCAUCACUCAUUCUAAACCCCCCAUUCUCACUGACAAACUCCGAUCGUUGUCGGCUUGGAAGUUACAUUGAUGUUCUCAAUAACAGGCGAAGUGUUUCAAGGUUGAGGAUCAUGACUCUGCUCAAGUGUGACGAUCAACACUGCUCCUCGUGAAGGCGAUAGACCGAGUGAGAGAAAGCUGUUAAUAUAUAAUGACGAUUGACUACAUAUCACAACUUAUUCUGUAAAGUUCUUUAUCUGUACAGUUAUUCUUUUCACUAAUUUAUAGAAAGUGAAAAGUUCUUUUAUAUGGUUUGAAAGCUAUAUAUUACUGUAAUUAAAAUUCCUUUUUCUUCAAAAUUUUCAAGAAUUUGAAUUCCUUGGACCAGUAUAUACAGAAUACAGUAUAUUGCUUUGCUCGA